AAAGUCAAUUCCCUCAAAGCUGAACUCGAAGCAGCCAAUGCUCGUGCUGAUGCGGCAGAACAAGAACUUAAAAAAUUUAAUGAAGACCAAUCCUCCAAAGAAAUUGAACAUUCUAAUCUUCUGAAAAAAGUCUCAUCACUCGAAAAUGAUUUAGAUGAGACCGAGAAGAAUUUGAAAGAGACUACGGAAAAACUUCGUCAGAGUGAACUUAAAUGUGAAAAUCUUGAACGUAAAGUCGCACAACUUGAAAGUGAAGUUGCAGAUAAAGAAAAGAAAAAUGAGGAAUUAAUCGAAGAACGUAACAAACUCAAAGCAGAAUAUGAAAGUGUCAUUGAUUCUAUCAGUGAAUUACAAUCAUCUGCAUUUUUUACUUUUUCUCAACAAAAAACAUCAAAUAACCGUAAUUCUUCCGUUUCUCCUUUUGAAAAAAGUGGUAGAAAUCGCAUUGGUUCAACAAAUACAACAGAUGAUACUGAAGGAAUUGACUCAUUCCUUCUAAAUUAUGCAAAGAAACAAAAAAAUGUUAGCGAAACAGCAAAUGUAGAAGAAUCUAAUAAUACUGAUCUGAGUUCUUCGUCUUCUAAUCUUUUAUUGUCGAAUUUUACAAAUUCUACGAAUUCCGAUAUUACACCAAAAACUUCUGGUUCUGACGUAGCAAAACUUUUAUCGGAUUUUUUGGUACCAUCUGAAGAACUUUAUCAUAUUCACAUUCGUGCUUCUUAUAAUAAUACUAUAGUUACAUUAACAAAUUCUCGUAAAGAUGUAUUAAUUAAUUCUUCUGGUGGACUUGUUGGUUUUAAAAAAGCUCAACGGGGUGGUUAUGAGGCUGCUCAUCAAGCUGCUGCUGCUUUGGUCGAAAAAGUUAAACAAAAGGGAAUUAAAAUUAAGAAUGUAGAAGUUUUGAUAAAAGGAUUCGGUCCUGGAAGGGAUGCAGCUUUUAAAGCUAUUGCUUCACCAGAGAAUCCUUGGACUGUUAAAAGAAUUACAGAUUCUACACCAUUACCAUUUGGUGGGUGUAGGCCAAGGAAAGUUAGAAGAUUGUGA